AGAGGCUGGAAGGAAGAACCACAGGGCGGAGGUUCACAUGCUCCCUUGAGUUUUCAUACGGCCUGUGCAGAGGUUGGCAGCAGCGCUCUUGGGUAGAGUGGGCAUCUUGUGGAGUGAAUGCUAAGCUGUGAUUUUUAAACUCUCUACCUCCUCUGGAAGGCACGGGCAAGGCCCGAGCUGCCUGUUGAAGAAAUGACUGUGGUUCCUCACCUCAGGAUAUCUGUAUGGCUGGGAAUCUGUUUGGCCCAGGUGUUACUGAUCACGUGCCAAGAUGUAAAGACCGUGGACACGAAAGACUGUAAAGAUGGUGAUCAGGUUUAUUCAGAAAAUGAGAUCUGGAAGCCAGAGCCAUGCAGAAUGUGUGUAUGUGACAAUGGACGAGUGAUCUGUGAGGAGAUCCGCUGUGAGGACCUGAAAGCAUGCGAGGAGUUUGUGAUCCCAGAAGGAGAGUGCUGUCCCGUGUGUCAAACAUUCGCCAGUGCCCGAGGGGAAACCGAAUCAUUGCAUUACCUUGCAUUAAAGGGACAAAAAGGGGAACCUGGUGACAUUCCUUACAUUGUGGGACUACCUGGACGUCCUGGACCAACGGGUCCCCCAGGAGCAGAUGGCCGAGCAGGAUAUCAAGGAAGCAAAGGAAGAAAAGGUGUUUCAGGUCCACCAGGUUUUGAUGGGGAACCAGGUGUCCCAGGCAUGCCAGGUGACCCUGGUCCUCUAGGCACUGGACUUCCAGGGAGUCAGUUUGCAUCUCAGAUGGCAUCUGGAUUCCAGGAUGGAAAACAUGGACCGUCGGGGAUGCUCAGUGGAGCACCAGGUGAAGCAGGAUCAAGAGGUCCUCAAGGUCCACCAGGUCCAUCUGGUCCAACAGGAGCACAGGGUGCCCCAGGAGACAUGGGUGAACCUGGACCUAUGGGCUCUUAUGGUCCGAGGGGACCAGAUGGACCUCCAGGGAAAUCAGGCCCUGAUGGUGAGCCAGGAGCCCCUGGAAAUAUGGGAGAAAAAGGAUUCCCCGGCUCUCCGGGUUCCAGAGGGUUUCCAGGGUUACCAGGUCAGCCUGGAAUGAAAGGAGAAAAGGGUCAUUCAGGUGUGCUGGGUGCGAAAGGAGAGAUGGGUGCUGUGGGAUUAAAGGGAGGAUCAGGAUCUCCUGGUAUCAUGGGGCCAAUGGGUCCACCGGGUCCUAUCGGCAUGCCUGGAGAGAGAGGACGCAUUGGUUCAGGAGGACCUGUGGGAAAACGUGGUAUUCCAGGAAAUGUGGGAAAACCAGGUCCAUUGGGACCAAUGGGAAUUCAUGGAGCCCCCGGAUUUCCUGGUGGCCCAGGCAUGAAGGGCCAAGCAGGAGCCACGGGCCCCCGAGGUACCAGUGGUCCCCAAGGCCCUAGAGGAGAAUCAGGCCGACAGGGCUCUCAAGGAGCACAGGGCAACCAGGGACCACCAGGAACAGAUGGUGCUCCCGGAUCCAAAGGACCAUCUGGCAUUCCAGGUGUCCAGGGACCUGUUGGACAGAUUGGACAGCCUGGUCCGCCUGGACCUCAAGGAUCAACUGGACUUCCAGGGCCUAAAGGCCAAUUGGGAGAUUUGGGGUCCCCUGGAUUUAAAGGAGAAUCUGGAAUUAAAGGAGAGCCUGGCCCACCUGGAGCUCAGGGAGAAAUGGGGCCGAUGGGAGAGGAAGGAAAGCGAGGUCCAAGAGGAGACGCAGGGGCACUUGGAUCCCAGGGCCCACCUGGAGAACGCGGAGCUCCAGGUAACCGCGGCUUUCCAGGGGCUGAUGGCUUGCCAGGUCAAAAGGGAGCUCAAGGUGAACGUGGUGGCCCAGGAACACCAGGGCCUAAAGGUGCAAUUGGAGAUCCUGGUCGAACCGGGGAAGCAGGAAUUCCAGGAGCCAGGGGUCUGACUGGUGUGCUGGGAAUGCAAGGAGCAGAAGGAAAGCUUGGACCACAGGGAGCACCAGGAGAUGACGGUAAUCCAGGUCAGGCUGGGUCAACUGGUACCAGAGGAGGAUCAGGACCUAUGGGUCUGCCUGGACCUAAAGGCUUCAGUGGUGAUCCAGGAAAACCCGGAGAAAUUGGAUCAUCAGGGGGUCCAGGACAAAGAGGACCCAAUGGAAAAGAUGGAGAAGAAGGUCCUGCAGGAACAACAGGACCACCUGGAAUAGCUGGAAAGAGGGGAGAGCAGGGACCUCCUGGACUUAAUGGCUUUCAAGGUUUGCCUGGACCACCAGGACCACCAGGUGAGUCAGGGAAACCAGGUGAUGAGGGUGUCCAUGGUGAGGCUGGUGGCCCUGGGCUAACUGGACCAAGGGGUGACCGUGGAACCCCUGGAGAGAGAGGUGAAUCAGGACCCAACGGGUUGCCAGGAGCCAAAGGAAGCCCAGGAAGCCCUGGACCUGAUGGUCCCAAGGGAAAAGCAGGUCCAGCUGGAAGCGUAGGAGAACCAGGACCGCCAGGUCUGCAGGGCAUGCCAGGAGAGAGAGGAAUAACUGGAGUGGUCGGGCCUAAAGGAGAAAGUGGUGCGGUGGGUGACAGAGGGGCUGAAGGAGCAGCUGGCAGCGAUGGAGCUCGAGGAUUGCCUGGUCCUAUUGGACCCCACGGACCAGCUGGGCCGUCUGGGGAGAAGGGAGAACAAGGCCCAAGGGGUCCACCUGGAUCUCCAGGAUCAAGAGCAAUGGCUGGAUCACCUGGUGAGCCAGGUCCAACUGGUCCUGUUGGAUUUGCUGGACCUCCUGGUCCUGAUGGUCAACCUGGAGUUAAAGGUGAAACUGGAGAAGAAGGUGUGAAGGGAGAGGGGGGGUCUCCAGGACCUCAGGGAACGGCAGGAAAACCUGGUUCUCAGGGAUUAGCUGGAAUUACUGGUCUUAAAGGUGCAAGAGGAAGUCAGGGAGCUGCCGGAGCCAGCGGAUUCCCAGGUUUACCAGGAGGUGUCGGCCCAGCAGGCUCCGCUGGUCCUGUUGGCGAGGCAGGUCCUAUAGGCGCCCCGGGUAAACGGGGCCCACCUGGGAUUCGUGGAGAACCUGGGGGCCCUGGGCGACAAGGGGAGCGUGGAAACCCUGGACCUGCUGGUAGUCCUGGAGACAAAGCCGAACCUGGAGAGGAUGGACUACCAGGCCCAGAUGGACCACCAGGCCCUGCUGGAACUCCAGGACAGAGGGGGCUUGUGGGUCUUCCUGGAAUGAGAGGAGAACGUGGUAUGGGUGGUGUUCCUGGACCUGCGGGUCCACCAGGGAAGGAUGGCACACCAGGUUUCCAGGGAACCAAAGGUGCUGCCGGAGCUGUUGGUUUACCAGGAGCACCCGGACCCCGAGGAGAUGCUGGUCCAGAGGGUUUGCCUGGAGCUGAUGGCAUAUCAGGAGCCGAUGGCAUCAUUGGAGUCAGAGGUGAAAGAGGAAACCCAGGACCAGAGGGUCUGGCAGGUGGCCAAGGAUCACCAGGAACACCAGGACCCGUCGGAGCUCCAGGAGAUCCAGGACAGCGAGGAGAUCAGGGUGGAAGAGGGCAACCUGGUCCUGAUGGUCAAGCAGGAAUCAGAGGGAAAAAAGGACCACAAGGACCUUUGGGAGACCAAGGUGACAAAGGCGACACAGGUGAGAGAGGUCAGAAGGGUCACCGUGGCUUCACUGGACUUCAUGGGCUGCCUGGAGCGUCAGGAGCUCCAGGAGAUGAUGGUGCAGUAGGAAUUGUUGGUCCCAGCGGUCAAAGAGGACCUCCUGGACCCGUUGGACCGCCUGGAAAAGAAGGUGAUAUGGGUCCACCUGGAGCAAUUGGAGCUCCUGGAGCUCGAGGCGCUAAUGGAGAUUUUGGACCUGAGGGACCCCAAGGGGAACCCGGCCCACCUGGACCGCCCGGACCCCCUGGGCCACCUGUCGCUGCUGUCGAUGACCUUUUCGGUGCAAACUUCGAAUCUGAUGGCGAAUCGGAGCCUGAGGCCCCCCCGCCUCCCCCACCUGAGUUCAACGAGGAUGAGGCAAAGCCCAAUAAAGUUUCUGAUGUGGCGCAGGCUGACAGCGAGGUUCAUUUGUCUCUCAAGAACUUGGGAAGUCAGUUAGACAACAUGCGUAGUCCGGAUGGCAGUCGCCAAUAUCCUGCUCGCAACUGUCAGGACCUGAAACAGUGCUAUCCUCUCAAAAAGAGCGGUGAGUACUGGAUAGAUCCGAACGAGGGAAGCAUUAGAGAUGCCAUUCAGGUUUACUGUAACAUGGAAAUGGGAGAGACCUGUAUACACGGCAACCCUGCCAGCAUCCCACGCAAGAACUGGUGGAGUUCACGUUCCAGCAUGCCCAAACCAGUUUGGUUCGGAACAACGAUUAACCGAGGAUCCAAGUUUACCUACGGAAGCAAUGAGGCAUCUGUUAACACCGUAUCGGUGCAGCUGAGGUUCCUCCGCCUCCUGUCGAAAGAAGCGGCACAGAACAUCACGUACCACUGCAAAAACAGCGUGGCCUAUAAAGAUGAGAAGAGCAGCAAUCUGAAGAAAGCUUUGGUCCUGAAGGCUUCCGAUGGACAGGAGAUCAAAGCGUACAGCAGCAACCGUCUCAAGUACACCGUGACAGAGGACAGCUGCUCUAAACAUACCGGUGAAUGGGGUAAGGCCGUCUUGGAGUACCGCACGCAGACACUGUCACGACUGCCGAUUGUGGAUUUGGCUCCGGUGGACGUCGGCGGCAAAGAUCAAGAGUUUGGCAUUGAUAUCGGCCCAGUGUGCUUCUCAUGAAACCAGGUUGAAACAUCACCAUUGGGACUUCAGCGCUUUGCCAAUGCAGUAUUUAUUGUUCAAGACGGUUUAUAAGGGCCUUGGGGAAUCUCUGACCUUUGUUUCAUAAUGAAGGAGUUGGUUUGAGUGCAUGAGAGACGCUGUACGGACCCUUUAAUUUAUACUUAAUACGCCACAUGUUAUUAAAAGAAUGGGAAAUGUUGUUUUUUUAAUUGAAAAAGUUUUAUAACUUUUGACUGUGCCCUUCCUGUCUAAUCUGUAUGAUGUUUUGUCGAUGUUGUUCGUUUUGUCACAUUUCCCCUCAAGUCUUAUUGUAAUAUGAAAUGGAUUUUAAAGGUUAAGUGGAUCUGGGUGCCAGCGAUGAAGGUUUGUGUUGUAUUAAAGUGGGAUCUCAUUGUGGGAAAA